AUGUCAUCUCGGGCAGCAACCAAAAUGUCACCUCGGACAGCUCUUGUUUUCCUGAUAGUUUGUGUUUGUUAUGUAUCUUGUGCACCUGUACCAGCAGCCAAGAUUCAUGCUGAAUCAGUAGCUAGUGAUGUACCAAGAUUGGAAGUGGUAGAAGUCACAAGUGAUGGUACUGCUCUGCAGUUAGAUACAACCACUGCCGUAUCCAAUAUUCAGUCAUAUAAAGUCAAAGAAAGUCAACCACAAAGAAAUGAAUUUGUGAAAUUCCCGAUAGUAGUAGAAGUAGAUUUAGAAUUAGCAAAUAAACAGGGCUUAUAAAAAUAAUAUGGAGUCAAAGCAACUUCAGAAGGUCAUCUUUCGUUCCCAAUGGUCUUUACCUUAGAGUUACCACCUUAUUUAGAACUAUGUAAUAAAAAAUAUAAACUAAGUAUUAAAAUUCCAUCAAGUGGAUUGAGCAUAACGAAGUAGAUCAUGGACAAAUCGUCAUGGAAUAUUUUUUACUUCAUUUGUGAAAAAUAAAUAAAAACUUAUAUCGGUCUAGCUUGUCGAUUUAGCCCAUGGUUGGGAUGUGUAUAUUCAACAAAAUGCACCAGAAAAUGCUUGUAGAUUGAGCAUUAAGAAUGAAAUUUGCAUUAAACUAAUAAGAAACUAUCAUUCCUGCUAUGGAACUAUUUUGACAUUAAUGUAGGGUAUGGGUUUGUGACCGUUUUUAUUAGUACAUUUAAACGUAGUUAGCUUUUUAUUUCCAUUGGGUAAUUAAUGUAGAUUUUACACAUUGAGUUGAUAUAUAUCACUAACAUCAAUAAAAUAUUUGAAAUUCAUUG